CCCCGGGCCCCGCAGCGGGACCCGCGCCCCGCGAUGGCUCGGGUGGCGCAGCGCGGCGCCGGGUGCCCGCCGUCCGCCCGCUGAGACGCGCCCGGCUGGGGACCCGAGGGGCCUGGGCGCUCCCCGCCGAGCCCUUCCCCCUUCUGGGAGCUCCGCGGCUGCUUCCCGGGGGCGAGGGGCCGGGGGGCUGAGACAAAGCCCACUUUGUGCGGGGAGCUGACCGCGGGCGUGGAAUGUGCGCGUCGGCGCGCGCCCCCUCCCCGCGCCCCGCUAGCGGCGGGUCUUGGCUCCCGGACUCAUCACCUCGGAGAAUUCGCACCCCCUCGCCGCCCUCCCGUCCUGGGGUCCCGGCUCGGAGCUGAGGGGGCCUGGAGUCACUUCGGUGCCCCCCAGAGCACGCGCAGGUGUGAACGUGCGAUAUUUUGUAGAGGAAUUUGUUCUCUCCAAAACUGGAACCUGGGGCAUCCGUGCCUUGACCCUUUCUGUGGCCGCAGGUCUGAGCUGUCUGGCCUCAGUUUCCCUGACUUUUCUCCUCUCUGCCAGUGCAGACUGCUGCCCGUUAUUGUUCUCGCUGUCAAAUGGGGAUGCUUUGUGAAGGCUGCCAAGUUCGGGGGUGUUCUCUUUAUCCCGUUUUUCAAACAGAACGAGGCUUCUAAGGCUGACUCCGGACAACCAACCCCCCCCACACACACCCCCCCCCCCAACCUCGUUGAGGCACUGAUUUUUUUUCUUAUCUAGUAGUAGUUUAUUGUACUGGAGCCACGCCCUGGUUUCUUAAAGGCGCCGUGCACUCUUUUGGCCAUGUGUUGUCUCUGCAGCUGGUGUGUGGGAGGCCUCCUGUGAGCCACCUACUUUUUCCUGCCUCCUGAUACAUUCUCCUGCCCCCGUCAAGAAUUUGGGGAUGCCAGGGGGGAAGAAGGUGGUCGGGGGUGGCGGCAGCAGCAGUGCUGCCCCCACUGCCCCUGCGGCCCCCUCUGGGGUCAGGCGCUUGGACACCAGCGAGGGGGCCUCAGCCCAGAGAGACGAUGAGCCAGAGGAGGAAGGAGAAGAGGACCUGCGAGAUGGAGGCAUCCCCUUCUUUGUCAACCGGGGUGGGCUGCCCGUGGAUGAGGCCACCUGGGAAAGGAUGUGGAAGCACGUGGCCAAGAUCCACCCCGAUGGAGAGAAGGUGGCCCAGCGGAUCCGUGGGGCCACAGACCUGCCCAAGAUCCCCAUACCGACUGUGCCUACGUUCCAGCCCUCCACACCCGUCCCUGAGCGCCUGGAAGCCGUGCAGCGCUACAUCAGGGAGCUGCAGUACAAUCACACAGGGACACAGUUCUUUGAAAUUAAGAAGAGCAGACCUCUGACAGGGCUGAUGGACCUGGCCAAGGAAAUGACCAAAGAGGCCCUGCCAAUCAAAUGCCUGGAAGCCGUGAUCCUGGGAAUUUACCUCACCAACAGCAUGCCCACCCUGGAACGCUUCCCCAUCAGCUUCAAGACCUACUUCUCAGGGAACUACUUCCGCCACAUCGUGCUGGGGGUGAACUUCGGGGGCCGCUACGGCGCCCUGGGCAUGAGCCGGCGCGAGGACCUGAUGUACAAGCCGCCGGCCUUCCGCACGCUCAGCGAGCUCGUGCUGGACUACGAGGCCGCCUACGGCCGCUGCUGGCACGUGCUGAAGAAGGUCAAGCUGGGCCAGUGUGUGUCCCACGACCCGCACAGCGUGGAGCAGAUCGAGUGGAAGCACUCGGUCCUGGACGUAGAGAGGCUGGGCCGCGAGGACUUUCGCAAGGAGCUGGAGCGGCACGCCCGCGACAUGCGGCUCAAGAUUGGCAAAGGGACCGGCCCUCCCUCCCCAACCAAGGACCGGAAGAAGGACGUGUCCUCCCCCCAGCGGGGCCAGUCCAGCCCCCACCGCAGGAACAGCCGCAGCGAAAGGCGGCCUUCGGGUGACAAGAAGCCUUCCGAGCCCAAAGCCAUGCCAGACCUCAACGGGUACCAGAUCCGAGUGUGAGGCGGGUGGCAGCGCCCCGGCCUCGCACACCUCUGCGGGCCAGGAUCCACCUGCCAGAACCGGCCUCGGUCACUCAUGGGGAGGGGGGCAGGUGAUGGGCGGGGCAAGGGGCAGCAGGAAGAGCGUGUCCGAGCUCAGCCACCCAGGCUGCUGCCCCUCCCGCUGGGCCAGGCCCCCUAACUUUGGGCCGAGAGGCAGUUAGUGUUGUAUUUGGAGGUUUUAACUCAACAACUGAAGUUUAAGGUAUUUGGGAAAAACUUAAAAUGAAUGGAUCUGCCAGUGGCUGGAAGGCUAAUGCUUAGGAGAUCUAAGUGCCAUGGGGCUCAGCAAGGAGGGGUUACUGGCUCUGCUGGUGCCCCUGCCCCUGGCGUCCCUCUGGGAUUUGGCUCCAUCCUAUCUACGGGAAACCUCCCAGCCCCACUGGUCCUGUGGCGGGACGGUGGUGCGCGGGGGGAGGGACGGAAGUGUUUUUUCAGUUAUUCCUGCCCUGGCAGGAUCUUGACCCAGGGAAAGGGAACCAGGGUAGGAAUCACACUAGGAAAGGUCGCUGUGGCCCAUAUCUAGAGCUUGGCACAGGCCACACCUGCCCCAAGAGUGGGAGCCCCUGGCCCUGGAGAGCCCCAUGGACGGUGUAUGGGGGCCGACACUGCCUAUUGGCACAGCCCCGUGCUGGGGUGGGUUGUGGGCGAGCCCAGGAGCGAACCACAGGGGACGAGUUCCCGGGCCCCUGCUUGUCUCCUUGUUCAGCCCAGCUCUGCCUGUUGCUGAAGCCGGGGGCUCCCUGCAGAGGGGCUGAGCUUUGCUGAGGGCCCAGAGUUGCGCUGGGCUCAGAAUGACUGUGGGGACUGAGCAGACCUGGGGGGUUCAGGAACCAUGGCUGCGGAUGGGGUGGGACACUCAGGCCUGGGUCUGGCCCCCGGCAGCCCCCGGGGUGGACACUGCUGCUCCCCUCUUUCUCUUACCUCAGCACUGGCUGGGGAAAUGAAGACCAGACCAGGAUGCUUGUGCCCCGGGCCCGCCUGCUCUCAUCUGGCGGCCUGUCUGGGUUUGGGGGUCCUCGGGAUGGUCAGGGGAAAACCUAAACAGCUGGAGUCUGCACAGCCUGCACGUCAGGCAUGAGAUAGCUGGUAGGCAAGUGAGAAUUUGUAGAGAAAGGUUGGCUGGGGGAACGUUCUGGUGGCUCAAGCAACAAGGAGGUGUGUAGAGCAAGGGUGCAGUGUGGCCAUGGAGGAGGGGCAGAGCCAGAGAGCUGGGGGGUGUAAGUGAGAAAAGGAUGUGGGGGAGAGUUUAGAAUCAGGCUGCCUUGGGGAUUAGUGAGUUCCCUAUUACUGGAAGUAUUCAAGCAAAGACUAGAUGGCUCCUUGUCAGAGGUCUGUAGAGGGGAUUCAGGUUAUGGAAGGGUAGCUGGAUGAGAUGACUGUUAGGUUUCUUUUUACUGAGAGGCAGGGGCAGCUGGCUGUAAGGCUGCAGGGUCCUGGGGCCUGGAAGAGGGAAGAUCAGAACUAGAGUUGUCAACUCAAAUGCCUACAGGGCCAGGUGAUUAAAAGGAGAGCUGCAGGGCUGGGUGGGAACUGUGGCCAACUAAGGAGGGCAUACCCCGUAAAGUGGCUGCUGCUGCUCAGCUUUCUCAGAGCGCAGGCCCUGCCUUGCCAGACUGUCUGAUAUUUUUCAGAGGCCAGAACUCCGAAUUUUUACGUGAAAUACCUGAUUUUGAAAUGUUGGCAGUCGGUUCAGAAAAUUUAAAAACCCAACAUGAAAGAGAAUGCCAAUUUGUAAUCUCUGAAGGAGAGCGAGCUUGUGCUGGGGAGAAGUCCACAGAGAUACUUAGAGAUGGCUGUGAAAGUUCUAGGCCUCCUGGAGCAGCCUGGGCCGGAGCAGCUUCCACGUCACCGAGGCCCCUCCCAGAGUGGGCAGCUGCCCGUGUUCAUCCUGCUCACUCUCCCUGCAGACCAGAGACAGAUCAGAGACCCCCUGCGGCUGCUGUGUCAGCAGAGGGAGGGGAGCAGAAUAGAGAGAGUGCGGGCCUCAGCCUGGCAGGGCGAUGGAGGGUGCCUGAGAAUCAGAGAAGGAGGGAGGGAGGGACAGGAUGCCUGUGCUGAUGUGAGUGCCUGUCAGGGAAGGCACCAGGGGCUGGCAGCUCUUCCAACCAGCAGCUCUUGGCCUAGAGCCAGGCCCAGGAGCAAGGCCAGCUGGUCAGUCCCUUGCCUCGCCAACUUCCUAAUGGGGUCAGUGGGCCCUGGGGAGGUGCCCGACCUUCCCCAGUGCCACACCCCGGCCAGACCAAUCUGAGGGGCAUUGUGACCCCUGAUUCACCAUCCCAUCCCAUCCCAGCUUUCGGGGAGCACAGAUGGUGGUCCCUGUCUUUCCACAUUCGCCUGAGGCAGAGAUGGCUCACUUUGGGAGGCAUGAGGCUGAAAACGAGGCCUUUUCUGGGUCUGAAAGUGGGUGCUCCCUGUGGGCUGUUCGUAGGCAGGGGAAUGGCCCCAGAUGCCCCUGUGCACAACAGUGCUUGAGGUGAAGAGGUGUGCGAGGGAGCUGGGGUCAGGGAGCUGGGGAAGCUGCUCCUGUGGGGGAGCCCAGAAGCCUCUGACCCACAGGCUCCUUCCCGGAGUCUUGGGGAGGAGGAAGCCGAAUGAAGCCCCGUACCCUACUGUGUCUGCCAGCAAGGGAGCUGAUGACCCCACACGCAUAAGCCCCUAGCACUCCCCUUCCUAGCGGAGACCUCGGCCUGUGGGGACCACCACAGGAGACAGUGGUGCUUUUUAGUUUAUUUUUAACUGUUUCUCAUAUGUAGCAACCUCUCCUCCCCACGCGGGCGGGCGUGUUUACACGGGCUCUGCUCCCUGGGGCUGCCUGGCUGCAGAGUUUCCGGGGACGCAGAGGCAGGGACUUUGGGGCCUUAGUCACCAUCACCUCAUCUCACUUCCCGUGAGGGACAGGGGCUCGCUCCCCCACCCCCUACCCCGCUCAGGACUGCCUUCUAGCACUCAGCCAGGCCCCUCUGCUCGUGGGGUGGGGGCUGCCGGCUGAGGAGGGGCCAAGGUGAGGUCAGAGGAAGCGGCUUGAGGGUGGGUCGCAUGGGGGUGAUCACGUGGUCUCCCCAAAGCCUGGCUCCUGUGCUGAGGGCUGGGUCAGAACACUGGGAAGCUGGGUAAGAGAGCCUUCCCACCCACCUGACUGCCGGUCCUCUCCCUCCCAUGGCCUCAGCACAUUGUCACGUCCCCUCACCCAUCACGCCAGCCGCCCCAUCCUUCCUGGGCGUGGCCAAGGGGGGAUAGCAGCAGCCCCCGGCCCAAGGGCCGAGAUGAUGAAGCCUAGGGCUCUGAGCAGAAGAAAGAGCCUGAGGUUGGCCUUAUCUGGUUUCCAGCCCUCUCUGUCAUCUCAUGCCCCACCCCUUCCAGCUUCGACUUGACUUCCUGGCUCUGGGACAGUCUGAUUCUGGCCAGUAGUGUGCCCAGAGGCCUGUGUGCCCCUGUGCGCCUGGUUCUCUGCUGGGAUGUUUUCUGGUUUAGCUGUGUUGCAUCCCCAGGCCCACCCUCUGGCUUCAGAAUGCAGGGCCGUGCGAGCUGGGCCUGCAUAUUGACUGUGUUCUUUGUGCAAGAGCUCGACUGUGUUGAAAUCCCCACGUCCCUGUUCCCACUGAGAACCGGGUGUGAAGGGCAGGGAGAGGAGUGUGCGUUGGGAGGCAGGAGGUCUGUUCCAGGCCAGGCAGCACUGCCCAGUGCUAGCUGCCAGUCCGUCAGGAUUGACCCCUUGCCCCGUCUUGGUGCUCCGGAGUCCGAGUUUCCCUUCUUAAAGCCUGAUGAGAGACGCAGCCAGUGUGUUUGUCCCGGAGACCUGGUGAUGGCGCCGCCCCCUCCCUUAACUUUGUGUUGGGCUGCGUGUGGUCCUAGGCUUUGUUCUUCUCAUAUCAGUAUUGCCCUCCCCUUUCACUUUUACACUUCGUCUCAUUCCUGUUCUCACUUUCCCCUGAAAUGAAUAAAGUGCCCCCAGCUCCGCUGUGUGCGCUGGGCGGAAACCACUGCA